ACGUCUAUAUUUCUAACGCCCAUUGCGUUUUAUGGUGAUAACAGGGUUUUAUCGAGCGAUGUUUCGCUAAUAGCGCGCGUUGCUACAUAACCUAGCCCGCAAAACAAACGCGUAACGUUAAUUCUCGCCGUUUAGGGACAGAAAGGUUUUUUAUACAACGUUUGUCGAUGUCGCAUGUCAAUGGCGAUUAAAUAAUUGAUACCACGAUGGCAGGGAAGGCCCAGGUAUUGUAUGACUUCACCGCCGAGCCUGGCAACAAUGAGCUUUCUGUUCAAGAGGGUGAAGUACUCACCAUCACUAACCAGAAUGUUGGAGGUGGCUGGGUAGAAGCCCGAAACUCCAGAGGAGACGUAGGCCUGGUUCCAGUAGACUAUAUUGAGCUCAACCCUAGUUCCUCAAAUGCAGUGACGACGCAGUACAACAAUGCUUACAAUCCUGGUCACAACAACAGCUCAGCAAAUACGCAGGGGGUGAAUGGAAAUGAAGCUUUGACUGCCACAGCAUGGUCCAAUAACUCCUCUGCAGACAACUGGAACUACAAUGAACAGGAGCCAGCUGGAAAUAAUGGUUCUGUCUAUUCCUUUGAUGAUGAAUGGGAUGAUGAUUCUGAUGAUGGAAAGUCCACAGCCGGUUACGGUGGCACUCAGACAGAGGAAGGUGGAACCAUGCAGCGGGGUGGGGCUCACCCCACAAUGAAAAUCAAGUUUCCAGGGUUCUCCAAGACCCCAAAUCCAGAAGUGUAUUUACUUACAAAACACAUAGCUAAAGGAAAUGAUACACUUCCGAUAUAUCCGGGUGAGGUGGGUCCAGUUUGGUUGUACUCACAAAUUCAAUUAGACUGUGUGGUGGCCGAUCCCAAAAAGGGUUCAAAAAUGUACGGUCUGAAGAGCUACAUCGAAUACCAAGUCACACCUAAUACUACAAACAGACCUGUCAAUCACAGAUACAAACACUUUGAUUGGUUAUAUGAGAGGCUGGUGGAGAAGUUUGCCUGUGCUCUCCCCAUCCCAAGUCUGCCGGACAAACAAGUUACAGGUCGAUUUGAAGAUGAAUUUAUUAAAAUGCGCAUGGAGCGGCUGCAGGGCUGGAUGUCUCGGAUGUGCCGACAUCCAGUGAUUUCAAACAGUGAAGUUUUUCAACUUUUCCUGAACUACAAAGAUGAGAAGGAUUGGAAACUAGGAAAGCGGAAGGCAGAGAAAGACGAAACUGUGGGUGUGAAAAUUUUCUCCAUCAUGGAUCCAGAGCUUCCAGAGCUUGAUCCAGUUCAAGUGGAACAGAAGUGUGAAACGUACAGUCAGUUUGCUAGAUCUAUGGAUAACAGUGUUAAAGAGCUGCUGGCUGUUGGUAACCUACAUUGGAAGAGAUGUACAGGCCCAUUGCAAAAGGAAUAUCGGCAGAUAGGAAAAGCAUUUCAGAACAUGUCUUCAGUUUUCAACACCAGUGGAUACCCAAGGGAAUCGACUCUUACUGAGGCAUUAACUGCAACAGGAAAGACGUAUGAGGAAAUAGCAGAGAUUGUUGCUGGACAGCCAAAAAAAGAUCUACACUUCCUAAUGGAAACAAACAACGAAUAUAAGGGACUACUGGGCUGUUUCCCUGACACGAUAGGAGUUCACAAGGCUGCCAUUGAUAAAGUUAAAGAAGCAGACCAUUUGGUGGCGCUGAACAAGAUUAGCCAACAAGACAAGCACACGAUGGAGAAGAAUCUUAGCACCAUGUCUUACGCAUUACAGGCGGAGAUGAAUCACUUCCAUAGCAACCGUAUCUAUGAUUACAACAGACUGAUGCAGUUCUACCUGGAAGAACAGGUGAAAUUCUAUGAGACGAUUGCAGAAAAGCUGAAGAAAGCUCUCGGACAAUAUACUACCAUGUGAGGACGCGCCGUCAAACCGGGUCGGUUUCAUGAAACUUCAAACAUACGGCUGCUGCUUGUGCUUUUUAACCCUAAUUCACAAUUAACCAUCUUUUUCCACUUAACAAAAUAAAUGACUUAUUUUGUAAUGAUAUAUACAGUAAGAUGAAAUCAUUAACCAAACAUUUUAUUAAGAGAGUGAAUGUGAACUGUUACUGCGGCUAACACGCUCCUGUAUAAAAAUAUAAGGUCUCUCAGGGACACAUGCGAGUAUGCUCAGGCUGAGCCUUCUACCAAAUUACUUUAUUAACUUUUUAAAUAAAUUGAUGUGAUUUUAUUUUCUGGUAGUGUGUGAUGGUGAACAAGUCGGAUGUUUAGAUGUGGUAUGUUUUAGAUAAAAGCAGUAUGGUCAUAUAUUUACCUGUGGUAAUAUGUUCUAUGCAAAAAAUCUAAAAAUGUCUGUGUCUCAUGUAAAAUAUUUGUUUUUAACAAGCCCUUUCAAUGUAAUAAAUCUGUCUUUAUACCUUU